UCUCCAUUCCAAAAUCACUUCGUCCCUGCCAGCCUUCCUUAAUUUUUACGGCCAUUCGAAGUGAGAAGCUGAGAGUGAAUGUUCUGUGAAACUUGCAGUAGCAGGGGAUUUUCUGUAGCCAGCAGAUCAUCUAAAUCAACCUCACCUUCGCCAGCGUCGAUUUUUUCAGAGACCUUGAAUGAUUGAUUUCUCAGAAAUGGGUUCAUAGUUGCUAGCUUGCUGGUAGGGUUGGGAAUUUGCUAGGUAUCAAUAUAUAAUUCAGCUAACUUUAUGCAUCUCUCUCUCCCUCCUUCUUCUAAGGGUUUGAAGAUUUAUUAGCUGAAAACAUCAGCAAUAAUUACUUUUAUGAAAAAGACAAAGACAUAUCUCUCAGAAUUAUCCACCUCCUGACCUUCUCUUUAACUUUCUUCUCUCUUGCUCUCUCCCUAUAUCCUGCAAUGCCUUUCCUUUCCUGGCCAUAACUAUAAGAAGACAAAUGGUGGGUGCACCGAAGAAACAUUUCCUCCCUCUAAUCUUCCUUCUAUCCCUAUUUGUGCUCUUCUUUUUUUCCCAUUAUCAUUCCCCUCUUCCCAUCACCCAUUUAAGCUCUAAUCCUAACCCUAAUUUUAGUCCAACAAAUAAUGAUAACAAACCACUCAGUCCCCAAAACACCCCCACAUUCACUUUCCUCAUCAAAGUCCUUGCAUUCAACCGCCUGGACUCGCUCUCCCGCUGCCUUCGUUCCCUUGCCAAUGCUAAGUAUGAUGGUGACACUGUCCAUCUCCAUGUAUACAUUGAUCAUUUUCCAUUUGCCAAUGAAUCAUUUAAUGUCUUGGAUCAACAACUGGAGAACUCGCAUAAGAUUUUGGAGUUUGUUGAUGGAUUCCAUUGGAUUUUUGGAAACAAGGUAGUGCAUUACCGGAAUGGGAACAUGGGGCUGCAGGCACAGUGGCUGGAGGCAUGGUGGCCAAGUUCUGAUGACGAGUUUGCAUUUGUUGUGGAGGAUGAUCUUGAGGUUUCUCCACUGUUUUAUAAGUUUGUUAAGGCUGUGAUUCUUAAUUAUUACUACAAUGGUAACAGCUCUAGUCCUUCAAUCUAUGGCGUCUCGCUUCAGCGUCCAAGGUUUGUCCCAGGUAAACACGGAAACAAAAUACAAUUAGGUCCUGGAACACGGAUUUUCUUGUACCAGUUGGUUGGCACUUGGGGUCAGAUUCUCUUUCCAAAACCUUGGAAAGAGUUCAGACUGUGGUAUGACCAGCAUAAGGCCAAAGGCAUGAAGCCAUUUCUCAAUGGAAUGGUAACAACUGGAUGGUAUAGAAGAAUGGGAGAAAGGAUCUGGACUCCUUGGUUCAUUAAAUUUAUUCAUUAUAGUGGCUAUUUUAAUAUCUACACCAAUUUUGGCCAGGAGAGAGCACUCAGCGUCUCUCACAGAGAUGCUGGUGUUAAUUAUGGGAAAACAGCUGGACCAGACUCCCAAUUAGUGGAUGAAAGAUCUUUUGACUACAAUUUUUUGGAAAUGGAACCUUUGAGUAAUUUGAAAUGGUAUGAUUUCUGUUUUAGGGAAGUACUUCCUGGAAGAGUCGUAAGGAGUGUGGGUGAUCUUGAGUCUGUUCUUUGGUCUCUGCAGAAACAGCAGACUGUUUUGCUUGUGAACAUAUUUGGGACAUCAGAAACAAUCACGAGGAAUCUGUUAUGCCACUUUGAGAGUCUAAACAUUCAGAACUAUGUAAUUAUGGGUCCUCAUUCUGAUUUUCUUUAUGAUCUUGCUAGAAGGGGACAUCCUGUUAUUGAUUCCAGCCAGCUUCUUGAUGAUAUGAGAGCACAGAAAGUAAUCAGAUUUCAAGAUUCCAGCACAAAACUGGUUGACGUAUUGGUGAAAGCUUAUGUUACAAAGAAGUGUUUGGAAUACAAGUAUGAUUCCUGGAUAGUAGACACAAACAUACUUUUUGUCAAUAAUGAUUUAUUUCAUGAGUUCAUCAAAACAUGUAAUUAUGACUUUUGUGCUGGGAAGAGCUUGGAGAUUUUCUUUGUCAGGAGCUCAUCUUCUGCUCAAAAAAUUUGGACUGAUGGUUUCUUGAACAAGGUUGCUGCUGCAGUUGGUCAGGCUUCAUUGCCCGGAGAGAGUAGAAACUUUGUUCAAUUUGUGGAAAAGUUGUUGCAACAGACUGGUGCAAGAAUUAACCGGGUUGAUGAGACAAGCUUUGGCAUGAAGAUUAGUGCCAAUAGCGUUAAUCAAUACUCUUUGGAGGCUGCGAAGAUGGUUUAUUGGUCUAUGGAUAUGGGUCUGAAUUUAGUUCAAAAGCCGCUUGAAGGAUUGGGUAUGUGGGCUCUAGAUGGUGACUCUUCCUGCAAGGCUGUUGUUUGCCACCAAUCAUAGCCUUUGAUGGUGGACUUUUUUUUGUUUUUUUUUUUUUUUGUAAGCUUUACCCAUUUUGAUCUACAAUUGUUUCUGUAUCAUCUGUUGAAGCAUUAGUAUGUUAUUUUAGUUUUUCAUGGUAAA